AUGUAUGCCAAAGAUUGGUUGCUGAAGCCAGUGCAAGAAAACAAUGACUUCGAAGAUUUUGAUGAUGAAAACGAUGAAACACUCUCUCUUUCUGAUCUUCCUUUAAAUAACAAUUCCUCUAGUGAUUACUGGGUUAAUGACGUGGCAAAUGAAGAUCAAGAAAGCUCCUCUUUUGAUCAAGAAAUGUUUGAGUUCUUCUCUGCGAAGGAAGAUUUCUCUGCAGCUUCUUCUCCUAAAGAUAAUAUCAUAUUUUGUGGAAAGCUCAUUCCAUAUAAAGGAGAACGAGAACAAGAACGAAGCUCAUGUCAAAACAUCAGUGAUGAGCUCAAAGAACGCAAGAAAAGUAGUAUAUUUUCUUGGAAAUCAUUUUCUUUAAAUAGAUCAAAAAGUACUUCUGCAUUAAAGAUUCAACAAGAACAAGAAAAGACGUACAGAACUUGUAAGACAUUUCCAGAGGCAUCAUCGGAAAAGAAACAUGAUUUUCCGGUGAAGAAAGUACCGGCGUUAUUUUCAAGUCCGUCCAAGUCAAGGUGGUAUUUGUUGGCUUUUGGUAUUGGAAGAUAUCCAAUGGAGAUGGAGUUAAAUGACAUUAAAACAAGGCAAAAUAAGCUUAGUGAUAGUAAAAUGAGGCGGAGCGUUAGAAGUCCGGCGACGAUGUUCCAGUCCGACUAUGUAAAAGAAUUGGUUGAGAGAAGUGGUAAAAGAAAGAGAGGUUGGUGGGGUUUUAUUAGGGGGUUUGGGUGCAAAGAGUAA